CGACGUCACCUGCGCGAAACGAACAGGUUAGUCACAUUACCGAAUUACCGCAACCCGGGACACCUAGCACUUCGACCUUGCCAUUGAUUCUAUCGCAUACAUAGGUGUCUUUUGACAUCUAAAAUCAAUAUGGGCCUUUUUGGGUUCUUCUCUUCCGCCGACGAACAGCGCAAACAGGAAGUGCGCACGGGAGCCAGAGCCCCGGACAGGACAGAACGAAAAAAAUGCUGGGAUGCGCGAGACGAUUUCUUUAAGUGCUUAGAUAAGCACGACGUUCUCGACUCAACGAAAGGCGACGGCAAGAAAAUUGCUGAGAAACAAUGUGCGAAGGAGCAUAAGGGAUUUGAGGACAACUGUGCUACUGCAUGGGUCGAUUAUUUCAAGCGAUUUCGAGUUGCCGAUGCUCAAAAGAAACAAACCCUUAAACGGUUAGAAAAAGAAGGCGCAGGUGUGGUAGCUGUGAACGAUAUGCCUGGAAAGACUUCAUAGCGGCUGCCAUUACUUAAUGGACCUAACCCAUGGUCCAUCUGCAUAUACAAUAUAUGCCAUACUGUACAUAAAACUUUUGGCAUUGGAUGGAGUUUCGGAUAGGAAAACGAUAUACGCAAGGAAUCUCCCUUCUACCGUAGGUACUCAUGUUCAUAUAUGAGCGUCGGGGGCUAGAACUUCGCGGCUUUUAACGUCUUGGAUGGUUGGACUCCCGCGUGGUAAUGCGAUUCACGAAGCGUUAAGAAAUAAUGUCUUCAGCAAGAUACGAUUUCGGAAUGUAGAUUUUAAGCCUCACCCUAGAUAUUGUCACUGGUUUCAUGGAUCC